AUGGGCCGAGAUGGGUUUCAGUUCUCGUCUUCGUGUUCCGGUAGUUUCGUUGCGAGGAGUGUUCAAAUGGAGAAUGAUGCUGACAAGAUGUUCACUUGGGUCAUUAAGAGUUUCUCCUCUCAGCAGAAGAAAAUUGUAUCUUCUCAAUUCGUGAUCGGUGGCUGCAAAUGGCAACUUGUGGGCGCACCCAACGGAGACUUGAAGGCUAAUUAUUUAUCUCUGUGUCUGAUGGUUGCUGAUUUCAAAGCGAUGCCUAAUGGAUGGAGAAGACACAUCAAAUUUCGACUAACUGUUGUAAAUCAACUUUCGGAUAAACUCUCCCUACGGCGAGAGAAACAGCUCUGGUUUGACGAAAAGAGUCCUCUCGUGGGAUAUGUAAAUAUGAUUCCCCUGAGCAAACUCCAUGCCAAAAAUGGUGGAUUUCUUGUGAACAAUGAAGUCAAGAUUGUGGCGGAGGUGCAAGUUCUUGAAGUUGUUGGCGAAUUAGAUGUAUCUCAAGAGGUCUGUACCCAACCUCUGAAGAGGACCAAGCUAAAUGAUGUUGGUGCGGUGUCUGGUCAUUUCCUCAACGAGACUCCACCACCAGUAAAGGAAAUCAUUCAAGUCAAUGGGUUUCAAGUUCUUCCUUCACAGGCGGAAUCAGUGAAACGUAUAUUCGAAAGACACCCAGACAUGGCAUUAGAGUUCCGAGCAAAGAACCAAAACCUGAGGACAUCAUGCAUCAAUGUCCUCCUCAACCUAAUCGAGACGAUGUGCCAAUCACUGCAAGACCUUUCCAUUGAUGAUUUGGGCCAAGCAGAGAAAGCAGUCACAUACCUGAAAGAUUCGGGAUUUAAGGUGGAUUGGUUGGAGCAUAAACUUGAGCAAGUGAAGAAGAAGAAGAUGGAAGAACAGAACAGUAAGACUCGGAUGCAAGAACUAGAGGAACACUUGAAGUUUUUAAAGAACAAGUGCUCAGACAUAGAAGCCCUGCUUGAGAAGGAGAAGGAACAACUGAAAGACUCUAAAAACAAGUGCUGGGAAAUAGAAGCUCUGCUAGAGAAAGAGAGAGCAAAGGUAUUGGCAGCCAAAGCUCCUCCUCUAACGUUGGAUGAUCUUGUCGGAUGA